GCGGGGGUCCCCACCCCUCCCUUCCUCACAGGUUGCUUUUUUGCCUGUGCAAAGAGGCGCCGCUGGCCCCGCCUCCGCCAGCCGGCCGUCCCCCGCCGGGCUGAGCCCCGCAGGCGGCCGGAGGGCGCCCAGCUGCCCCCCUGCGCUGCCCAAGGGUGGGCGCGGGAGCCCGGCCGGCCAUGGCCGCCUGCUGCCUGUCGCCCGAGGAGAAGGAGUCGCAGCGCAUCAGCGCCGAGAUCGAGCGGCAGCUGCGGCGGGACAAGCGCGACGCGCGCCGGGAGCUCAAGCUGCUGCUGCUGGGCACAGGAGAAAGUGGAAAAAGUACCUUUAUUAAACAGAUGAGGAUUAUUCAUGGAUCAGGUUACACAGAAGAGGACAGGAAAAGCUUCACAAAAUUGGUUUAUCAAAACAUAUUUACUGCCAUGCAAGCUAUGAUCAGAGCCAUGGAUACAUUAAAGAUACAGUACACUUCUGCAGAGAACAAGGAAAAUGCUCAGACAGUCAGAGAGGUGGAGGUAGAUAAAGUAACAAUGUUGGAAAGAAAGCAAGUGGAAGCAAUCAAGAAGCUCUGGGAAGACCCAGGAAUCCAAGAGUGCUAUGACAGACGGAGAGAAUACCAGCUCUCUGAUUCUGCUAAAUAUUACCUCACCGACAUUGAUCGUAUUGCUAUGCCAUCAUUUGUGCCAACUCAGCAAGAUGUUCUUCGUGUCAGAGUGCCAACCACUGGAAUUAUUGAGUACCCUUUUGAUUUAGAAAACAUCAUUUUUAGGAUGGUAGAUGUCGGUGGCCAGAGGUCUGAAAGGAGAAAGUGGAUUCACUGCUUUGAAAGUGUUACUUCCAUCAUUUUCUUAGUUGCAUUAAGUGAAUAUGACCAGGUCUUGGCUGAAUGCGACAAUGAGAAUCGAAUGGAAGAAAGCAAGGCCUUAUUUAAAACUAUCAUCACAUAUCCCUGGUUUCUGAACUCUUCAGUCAUUUUGUUCUUAAACAAAAAAGAUCUUUUAGAAGAGAAAAUCAUGUACUCCCAUCUAAUCAGCUAUUUCCCAGAAUACACAGGACCUAAGCAAGAUGUCAAAGCUGCCAGAGACUUCAUUUUGAAGCUAUAUCAGGAUCAGAAUCCAGACAAAGAGAAAGUAAUCUACUCCCAUUUUACUUGUGCCACAGACACGGAGAAUAUACGCUUUGUCUUUGCAGCUGUCAAGGAUACCAUCCUACAGUUAAACCUGAGGGAGUUCAACCUAGUGUAAAGAAAAAACACUGCUUAGGAUCAAGAGAGUAAUUUAUCCAGAUAGCGUAGCUCAUUAAAAAACAAAUUGUUUGCAGACUUUAACAAUCGCUACAAAAGACCAAGUAAUGCAGGUGCAUAGAUGGCUGUUGUCCUCUGAAAUAGCGUACUUACAGAAAUGGAGGCUUUUCUGUACAUUUGUUGACGUUGAAAUGUUUACGGAAACUAAUGGAUUAGUAGAACUUUAAGGAAAAAGGUCCAAAUUUGAUGGAUUUUUUAAAAACUAUAUAUUUUAAAAAUUGUUUUAAUUUCUCCUCUUGAUUUUGGUUUUGAGAUUUUUUUGGUGAAAACUAUGGUUUUAAGGGUAUUUAAGAAAAGAUAUUUUGUAGAAUUAUAUAUAAGUCUAUUUCCCAUCUACCUGGCAUUUUUUUAGACUUUUUAAAAUGCAUUUGAUAACCAUUUACAAACAUGGUAUAGAUUUUAAUCAGAGAUGCCUUUAUAAAUUAUGAUAAAAUAAUAGUUUUAGGAUGCUAGAUACUUUAAGAUUCUUCUUAAGUUAGACUGAACUAUUAAUAUUUUUAAUGAGUGUAAAGCUAUGUGGUAAUGUAAUACUUCAGCAUUUUUAUUAGAGGUAUUUUUGCUAGGCUGAAUUGCCAAGCAUGUUAAGACUGUCUUUGAAACGUUACAGAAGAUUAGUUAUUGGUGUCCAUGAGGCAAUAUUGCACAUGAGUCAAAAGUUUAAUUAUGAAGCACGUUGAUGACCUCUGCAAACAUGACAGGGUAACCCCUGAACCCAGUGGAUAUCCCAUGUAAUUUACUUAUCAGAUCAUCGUGGCUCACAAAGGGAAUUAUGGAUGCUUUUUCUUGGAGAACUUUUAGGUUCUACUAUUAUCUAUCCCAGGACCCUCUAUCACAGGAAAAAUAGGGUGCUACUGAGGAACAGAGAGUGGUGUACUUCUUACCAGUACCUAAAGUUUUGCUCAAUCUAGUACUCAGGUUUAACAGUUAAGUGCAGGGAUGUUCCUUACCCACACAUGACUACUUUUCAGAAGAAAUUCAUAUAAGGAGAUCAUUCCCAUCAUAUUAUGCAGCCAUGAGAGAAUUACUUAAAGAUUGCAUCAAAUAUAGCUGUACCAAUGCCUCACACUGUUUUAGGAAUGUAGGGACUUCCUGGAUAAUUGAUUUAACCUUCUACAAUAUAACCCCUUCCACACACCACAGCCACAAAGCACCCUAUAACAAAACCCUAUGAUCUGUAGUACCAAGUAGCCCUAGAUAAUGAUUCAAAGGAAAAAAAGGGGGCCCUCCACUAAUGGAAGGGAAUUAGUUAAGUAAAGUAUGCCUUGAUGACUAAGAAUGGGACUGUGGCUCUAGGGAUAGAAACCUGACUCAAAGUGCUAAUUCAAAUAACUAGCAUGACUUUACUUUCACACCCAAGCCCAUAGAAUCUAGACUGAAGCACAUCUUCAAAAAACAAAUGCAUCUCAAGAUGCCUAGGAUUUUGAAAUCCUUUUGUCCCAAUACAAUACAGUCCUAACACGCAACCUGCCUUGAGCAGUAGGAACCCAUGUCUUAUCAAGAAACGACUUUCCUCAGUUUUCACCUCUGCCUCUAAAUACUGCACACAUUGUCAGUGAAGUCAAAAGACCCUAUGCCACUAGAAAAUGCCCACGUAUGCAGACAAGCCCAUAUCAUGAUCAGGAUGUCUUUAAAAUCCGUCAUGGGUAUGCCAUAAGCCCCAUUGCUCAUGUUCUACUCUUCCAAAUACACAUUUAUACUAUCAUGCUGUCCCUUCUAUAACCCUAUGAAGCUGUCUUGUAACAACUCAGACUUCUUGUCCCCACUAUUUUAUUCACAAUGGGCAGCUCCUCUCCUCUACUUGUUAGAAACCUUUGUUUAAUUUUCCAAUUUAAAAGGUAUUCAUUACAGGUACUCCUCACUUAACGACCUACCUGUUUAACGACCGCGCGGACUUACGACCAGCUCUCCGAGCAGUUGGUAUUAUACGAAACGUAUUGUGGAAACAGCAGCGCGGCGUCUCAAGCCAAGGCAUGCAGUAUCAAGGGGCGGCUCCUCGCUUAUCGACCAAUUCGCUUAACGACCUAGUCGCAGGAACGGAACUCGGUCGUUAAGUCAGGAGUGCCUGUACUGGCUUGCACCCACUAGAUUUUGUGUCAAUAUGGUUCUUUAAGUUAAACAGCUCUUCUCCCUCUCUGUUAUUCACUAUCUGAACAUGUUUAUAAAAAGCAUGCCAUCUCUUCCCAAUUGUCAUUGGCUAAGCUAAGUAAGCUAAGCUUUUCUGAGCUCCUCUUAUAAAUUCUUACAGUCACCCUAAUCUCCAUGUGAGUGCUGAACGACCCAAAUUCUAAGCCUUCCAUUUUUUUAAAACAACAUUUAGAUAUGCUAUAAUGUUGGGUAUAAAAGCAAGUGAUUUUUAUGUACACAACAUGCUUAAGUGGGAAGGUUAUUAAUGAGCUACCAGCUAGUUCAAUUAUAGGCGCGUCAAGAGGCAAUUAAAAAAACCAAUGCAUAAAAAUGUCAUGUAAUCAAUACGUGGUAAAUGUAUAUAUGUAUUUCUAUACAUAAGCAGAACUGUUUUCUUGUAAAAUUUUCCUGUGUUUAAUAUGACAAAUAAUUGUUAUACCUGAAAAAUGUAAAAACAGAAAACUUAAAGUUUUGGUUCAAUAUGAAAAUGUCAUUGUGUCUACAAAUUUCAGUUCUUUUUGCAAAAAAUCCUUUCUGCGUUUUUCUCACCCACACCUCCAGCAGUGGAAAUGAUUUUGGUUUUACUUCUAUAAAAUGUUUUUCCAUAAAAGGAGCCUUUAUAAGGUGGAUUUCCACUCAUCAUUGAUUAAAGUCAGAAAAAAACUGCA